AUGUUGAAGGCUAGGAGGGCUCCCCUGACUGCCUGCCCCCUACCCGCCUGCUCCUCUACCUGCCUGGUCCCUACCCGCCUGCCUGCUCGCCACCCACCUGCUCUAUCCCUCUACCUUACCUGCUCCCCACCCGCCUGCUCCCUACCCGCCCGCCUCCUCUGCCCCCCACCCACACCUUCCGCCUCGCUCCACUACCCGCCUGCCCCCUACCCGCCUGCCUGCUCCCCACCCACCCGCCUGCUCCUACUGCGCCUGCGCCCCUACCCGCCGGCCCGCUCCCUCACCCACCCGCCUGCUCCUACCCGCCCGCCUCGCCCCCUACCCACCCGCCUGCUCCCCACCCGCCCGCCUACUCCCUACCCGCCCGCCCGCUCCCUGCCCACCCGCUCCCUGCCCGCCUGCUCCCUACCGCCUGCUCCCUACCGCCUGACUGCCUCGCUCCCCCACCCGCCUCGCUCCCUACCCGCCUGCUCCCCGACCCCGCCCGACUGCUCCCCUACCCGCCUACGCCUGCUCCCCACUCCGGCCUGCCCGCCUGCCUGCUCCCGCCUACCUGCUCCCCACCCACCUGCCCGCCUGCUCCCGACCCGCUGCUCGCCCUACCCGCCUACCUGCUACUCCCACCUGCGGCCUCAAGACACGCUCGCCUGCUCCCCACCCGCCUAUCUCCCCACCCACCCGCCCGCUCUGCUCCUCACCCGCCUCGCCUCCACCCCCACCUGCCUGCUCCCUACCCGCCCGCCUCCCCUGCUCCCUAACCCGUCCGCUCCCCACCCGCCUGCUCCCCUACCCCUAUCUACCCACCCGCCUGCCGGCUCCCCUACCCGCCUGCCUACUCCCUCACCCGCCUGCUCCCCACCCGCCCGCCUUCCUGCUCCCCACCUGCCUGCUCCCUACCCGCCCGCCCUCACCCGCCCGCCGCUCCCACCUGCCUGCUCCCCUACCGCCCGCCUUCCUGCUCCCUACGCCUGCUCCCACCUACCCGCCUCGCUCCCUACCCGCCUCUCCCUAAGCCUGGGUUCUCCCACCCGCCUGCCUUCCCACUCCCUACCCGCCUGCUCCUGUACUACCCGCCUGCUCCCUACCCGCCUGCUCCCUACCCGCCUGCCCGUGCUCCCUACCCGCCUGCUCCUACCCGGCUCGCCUCCGUUCCCCUACCCGCCACACGCUCCCUACCGCCUACCCCUACGCUCACCGCCUGCUCCCCACCCGCCUACUCCCCACCCGCCUACCUCCUACCUGCCUGCCUACCAGCUCCUACUAUGCCCCCCACCCGCCCGCCUCACCUGCUCCCUACGCCUAAUCCACCCCGCCCGCCCGCCUGCUGCCCCCUCCCACCCGCCUACUCCCCACCACCGCUGCCUGCUCCCUACCCGCCUGCGCCUGCCCCCACCCGCCUGCCUACUCCCUACCCGCCCGCUCCUACACCUGCCCGCCCGCCGUCCCUACCCGCCCGCUCCCGCUGCCUGCUGCUGCUCCCUACCUGCCUAUCCUCACCGCCCGCCGCCCGCCUGCUCCCCACCCGCCUGCUCCCUACCCACCUGCCGAUGCUCCCUGGAACGCCUGCUCCCCACCCGCCCGCCUGCCCGCUGCCCUGACCCACCGCCUGCGUCCUACCCGCCUGCUCCCCCUACCGCCGCCCGCCCGCCGCCACUAUGA